CUUCGCUAUUCAGUAUUUGGAUCUCGAUUAUCACCAUUUGAUUUUGAAGAUUUCGACGAAUCAUGUGUAGUAUCGAAAGCAAUCGGUGCGCGGUCUCGGUUGGCCCGAAGAAAUUUGAGAUACAGGAUCGGCCUCUGCCAGAAGAUCCUUUGCAACCAACAGAAGUUCUUGUGAAGGUCAUUGCCACGGGAAUAUGUGGCUCCGAUGCACAUUUGUGGGAAGUUGGCACGCCAAAACCCCUGGCCCUGGGUCAUGAGUCUGUUGGCAUUAUCAUCGAGGUCGGAUCGAACGUGAAGGAUCGAAAGAUAGGUGAUAGGGUUGCUAUUGAGCCUCGUCAGUCGUGUCACGAGUGCUACUUUUGUAAGAGAGGCCAUCCAAAUACAUGCACGAAUUUUACGCAUUGUAGUACCCCUCCGACGGAAGGAAGUCUAUGCCAGUACUUCCGCUGCAAAUUUGCGAGAGCUGUACCGAUUGGCGACAAGAUCUCUUGGGAAGUUGCAGGAUGCAUACAACCACUGGCUGUCACUGUUCAAUUAUGCCGAAAGGCCAAGCUUCGACCUCAUCAAACGGUCGCAGUCUUUGGCUGUGGACCGCUUGGAUUAUUGGUAAUGGCGGUGGCUAAAGCGUAUGGCGCUCGACGAGUCAUUGCGUUUGACAUUGAGCAAAGCCGCGUUGACUUCGCGACCAAGCACUAUGCAGAUAUUGGGGUGCUAUGCCCGAAAGACAGUUCGCAGGAUCCAGAAGCUUUUGCAAAGCAGUUUUUGACUUCGAAGUUGAAAGAGACCGGUCUUGAAAUGGGAUUUGAUGUUGCGUUCGAAGUAACAGGCGCGGAAUCAGCCGCAAUGAUGGCUAUAUAUGCGUUGCGAGCACAAGGGACUUACGUCCAAGCGGGCCUGCAUUGGAAGCCCCCGCGAAUGCCUAUGCUGUGGGUGGUUGCUAAGGAGCUGAAAAUAGUCGGCAGUGUUUCCUAUGGUUGGGGGUGUUUUGAGGAAGCAAUUGAUCUGAUUGACAGGAAACUCGUUGACUUGUCUCCCAUGAUAACAGCGACUUACCCCUUAACACAGUCUCAGCAGGCGUUUGAGGCCCAGGCACGCAGAGAAGACAUAAAAAUCAUCAUAAUGAACCAGCAGUAGUAUAGAACUAGAUUGAUCCGAGCCUGUGUUCAAAAGGCAUGCAGAUAUAUGACUACAGGCUGUCUUGCUCCUACCUUCUCCACGAUUUAUCAAGUUCCACCAC